UGAGUCCGGGUGCUGCGGGGUGUGGGGGCGGCUGAUGCGGGCGGAGUCCGGGUGCUGCGGGGUGGGGGCUGGGUCUGGGGAUGAUGUGAGCUGGGUCUGGGUGUUGCGGGGGGCGGCUGCUGGGGGGUGGGGCAGGGUCCGAGAGUUGCGGGGGGGGUCCCUCCUCUCGAUUCCCGGCGGGUGUCCCGAGCUGCCUCCCCCACGCAUAGAGAGCAGCUCAGCCGCAGCCUCCUUGGCGUCCAGGCGCAUGCGCGGGUCCCCUGGAGGGCGGGGCAGGCGAGCGGCGGCGUUGGUCCGAUCCGGGUCGCGCAUCCUCCUGCUGCCGCCGCCGCCGCCGCCGGGUUCUGGGCUGCGUAGCAUCGUCCACCGCGCUCCCCGCUCUGCCGCGCCCCCGCCAGGACCAGCCCGGUCGUCGUGCGCGCCCUACCCUGCGAUGAGGCUGAGCAGCCGCGGCCGGGGAUGCUGCGCGGCGGGCGGCAGAGAGCGCGGCCCGCCCCCGCCGCCGCCGCGGAGCCCCUUCGUGCACCAGCUGCGUCCCAGCGCCCUGCAGAAAGCCAAGAUUGCCUUCAUGACCUUGACUUUGUUCCCCAUCCGACUCUUUUUUGCUGCUUUUAUGAUGUUACUGGCCUGGCCUUUUGCAUUCAUUGCUUCAAUGGGAUCUGCUGAGAGAGAACUGGAAAGGCCCCUCUCCUGGUGGCGAAAAGUAGUGGACUUUUUGCUGAAAGCAAUCAUGAGAACAAUGUGGUUUGCUGGAGGAUUCCAUUGGAUAAAUGUAAAGGGCAGACAGGCUUUACCAGCAGAAGCAGCAAUAUUAACUCUGGCUCCACAUUCCUCAUACUUCGAUGCCAUUCCUGUGACCAUGACUAUGGCUUCCAUUGUGAUGAAGGCAGAAAGCAAAGAUAUUCCUGUAUGGGGAACUUUAAUAAAAUAUAUACGACCAGUAUUUGUGUCUCGGUCAGACCAGGAUUCUCGCAGAAAAACUGUUGAAGAGAUAAAGAGACGUGCUCAAUCUGAUGGCAAAUGGCCACAGAUAAUGAUAUUCCCAGAAGGAACUUGCACAAACCGAUCUUGUCUAAUUACCUUCAAGCCUGGAGCAUUUAUUCCUGGAGUUCCUGUCCAGCCAGUAGUUUUACGUUAUCCGAACAAAUUGGAUACUAUCACAUGGACAUGGCAAGGUCCAGGAGCGCUGGAAAUUCUGUGGCUUACCUUGUGUCAGUUUCACAAUUUUGUGGAAAUUGAGUUCCUACCUGUUUAUAUACCUUCAGAAGAGGAAAAGAAAAAUCCAUCUUUGUAUGCAAAUAAUGUCAGAAGUGUAAUGGCAGAGGCUUUGGGAGUUUCAGUAACAGACUACACAUUUGAAGACUGCCAGCUAGCUUUGGCUGAAGGACAACUUCGUCUGCCUUCAAACACCUGCCUUUUAGAAUUUGCAAAGCUUGUGAGAAGCCUUGGGCUGAAACCAGAGAAGCUUGAAAAAGAUCUUGAUAGAUAUUCUGAAAGUGCCAAGAAAAAGAAAGAGAAAAGAGUCAGUCUUAAAGAGUUUGCUGCAUACUUGGAAGUCCCAAUUUCUGACACAUUAGAAAAUAUGUUUGCUCUUUUUGUUGAGAAUGAAGAUGGUGUAAUUGAUCUACGGGAAUAUGUGACUGCUCUAUCUGUAGUAUGUAGGCCAUCCAAAACUUUAGAAACAAUUCAGUUGGCAUUUAAGAUGUAUGAAUCACAAAAUGGAACCAUAAUAGAAAACAACUUAGCUUGCAUUCUGAAGACUGCCUUGGGUGUGUCAGAGCUUAAUGUAACAGACCUUUUUAAAGCUAUAGAUGCAGAAGAAAAAGGGAAAAUCACAUAUGAUGACUUCUACAGAUAUACAGAAAUGUAUCCAGACUUUGCAGAAGAGUAUCUGUACCAUGAUCAGAUGGAAGUUGAGAAUUGUUUGAAGACUUCUCUUCCAGCCCCUAAUGGAUUCUGUACUGACUUCAGCCCCGAAAAUGCUGAUGAUAAAAAGAAUCCCCUGCAGAAGAAACUGAAUUAAAACUGCAGACAUCCUACUCCUCUCCUGGUGAGAGGAAUAUUUCCUUUCCUGGAAUCUUCAUAGUCACUCCAACUAUACAGCAACUAUAACUUUUGUGUGUGAAAGAUUUACUACCUUAAUACUGUUCUUUAAUUCCCACAUGCUGUAUUUAUCAAUAUCUUCAAGCUUAAUUGUCAGGAGAUGGGUUUUAUUUUCAUUUUUUUUAGAAAGGUCUUUGCAAGCCAAGAAUAUGAUGUGCUUCAUUAUUAAUGUGCAUACUUAAAGGGAAGCUACAUAUUUAUUUAUAUUUGAUUGGUUAGUUUCAUGUACAGAAUGUUGCACAAAGUGUGCAUGUAUAAAGAAUUGUAGCUAAUAUGGUGGUGAGUGCACUUUGGUGAUGUUUUUUCCCUAUUUAGGAAGGUGUUUGUUUAGGGCCAGAUCUGCUGUCCUUAUUCACAUAGCAGUGUCACUGACUUCAGUAGGAUUAUUCUCAUGAGAAAAGCAAGCACAUUUUGGCCCCUUGUGUUGGUUUCAGUAAAUAGUCAAUUAUGAAAAAAAAAAAUUUUUGACCAAGGAUUACUUGCUUUUUAUUUUUGUUGUUAAAUCAUAAAGUUGUCUCUAUCUUUCAGUCCAUUACAUGGUAGAAUCAAAAGGGAAGGGGCGUUAGCUCCCGUACAUUUAUUCUCAUAUACUUAUCUGCAGACCACAGUGAAAUAUGGAAUGCUUUCAAAACAGACAUGAUAUGUCUAUGUGUACAAAUGUGUGGCAAACAAACCAUGCUUUUCUGUAAAAUUAUUCAAACAUUUCCACUUAUUAAUUAUAUGAGGAAUUUAUUAUAAACUAAUCCCUUAUGUAUUUAAUUUAGAUAUUAACCAGGAAUCACACAGGUGCAGCUUCUUUGGUAAAAAUCUGAUGACAGAUACACGUGCACAUGUGUGCAUAUACAGUCAAAUACAUAUUGUAAUGUGGAAUAAAGAUUUUUAUCAGCAUUAAUCUGGAAAGAUUGCAUUAGUUAGGAGUGGCAAAGCCAUAAGUGAGUUAUAUAAGACAUCCCAAAGGAAUGCCUUAAAACUUUAUAUUACUAUGGUAUAUAUUCUGUAUGAUGCAGAUGUUACCCCAAAAAAAUUAGGAAUGUUUCACAGAAGUUUUAAAAAAUGUUAUUGGCACUAUUUCUUAUUUCUUUCCUUUUGUAAAUCUAGGUACUUUAGUUACAAGGAAUAAAACUGAGCAGGGCUCAGAAGGAGAGAGACAUCAAAACUAAUAUAAAAAACUUCCCAAAAUUAUGUAGUUUUUCUGAAUAUAAAAGUCUCAGAACUUGAAAGCCCACAAUGUGCCUUUAAGGGCUAGAAGCAAUGCUGGCUCCCAAUGGGACCAAAGGAAUUUCUUUCCUUCUUAAUGGUAAAAAUUCUUAAUCCUGCAUGGUUAGUAACCCCAUUACUAACCCUGUAGAGCUGCACUAUAUCAGACUUCAAAACUCAGGCAUUUUUAUAAUUAGAAAAGCAGACACUGACUUAGGAUUUGAAUCUUGUCCAUCCUUGGCCAACAAACAGUGCUAAUUUCAGGCCAUAGGUGGAGAGGGGAGAGAGAAGGAGGAGGAAGUCUUUCUCUGGCUGGUUGGUUUUUAAAAAUGGCAAUUGCUUGAAACUGGUUAAGGUUUAGAAUGUGUCCUGGAGAGACAUAUUAACAUGUAGAGGGCAGAUGAUUUCAUUAAAAGUAAGUAAUCAAUAAAUUAUUGCACAUAUAUAUGCAAAUUAUCAUACAUGUAGCACAUUGUUGUGUAUAGUAUGCUACAUACUACACACACCAUACAGUAGAACUUCAGAGUUCUAAACACCAGAAUUACAAACUGACCCGUCAACCACACACCUCAUCUGGAAUCAGAAGUACGCAGUCAGGCAGCAACAGAGACAAAACAAAACAGUACAGUACUGUGUUAAACGUAAACUACUAAAAAGAAAGGGAAAGUUUUAAAAAAAAGAUUUGACAAGGUAAGGAAACUGUGCUUAUUUCACUUAAAUUAAGAUGGUAAAAAGCAGCAUUUUUCUUCUGCAUAGUAAAGUUUCAAAGCUGUAUUAGGUCAAUGUUCAGCUGUAAACUUUUGAAAGAACAACCAUAAUGUUUUGUUCAGAGUUACGAACAUUUCAGAGCUACAAACAGCCUCCAUUCCCAAGGUGUUUGUAACUCUGAAGUUCUCCUGUAUGUGGAGAUACUCUCUCUAUGUGGUAUAUUGUGUAAUAAUAUGUAAAAUUAACAUAAUAUUAAUUAAUGCCUAACCUACAUGUUGUUUACUUCUUCUCCUCCUCCCCCUCCCACCCGCAACCCCAGGACUUGCUCUAACAUUAUAAAUUUCUGAGCAGCUUCAAACAGUCACCAUUUUUAAAAGGAAAUUAACCUGACAGAAAUUUUUUUCCUUGUUUUCCCCAAAUAGGGAAUUUACCAACACCCUGAAACCACAGUGGACUGAGAAACACAGUGAACAGUACUCGGUCCUGGAAUACUGUUAGAUUUAACAUCCAGCAACUUGCAGCAAAACAGGGCUAAAAAUGGGAGUUUUUAGAUGCUUGGAAAAUAUUGAAAUUUUGACAUUUUUAGGUAUAAUACAAGAAAAAAUAUUCUGGGUUAAUUUUAGAUGUUUUGGCACCUGCUGGCACUCUUACAUUUGGGCUCAUGCUCUCUGCAGCACCUAGAUUUACAGGUGGAGGACUAUAAAAAAGUUCCAAUAAUUUUAAUCUAAAAUUGUUUCUCUGUGACACAUAUGAGAUAUACAGAAUACAUGGUGCAAUGAGGUUUAACAUUUUUAUCAGGAGUCACUUGUGAUGACCUACAUAAAUUGCUUAUUGCUUUUCCUGUUAGUAAUACUGCCAUCCUAUUCUUAUACCAAUAAAGCCCUUAUAGCAGACUAAAUGAUCAUAUAUUAUGUACUGAAGGUAGCUAUAGACUCAGCCAAAGAUUCAUUAAUCUGAAGUUCUAUAACAAACCUUUUUGGAAAAUCCCUGAAAACAAACAAACAAACAAAAAAAACACUUGUAAAAAAAAAUGUAAAACUUUAGAAACCCAAGCCAUCCAAAGAUUCCACUUCUAACCUCUCCACCCCUGAAAAACAUUAGAAGGUAUAGAAAUGCUUAGUGGAGAUCUCCCAAAGAAUCUUAACUCUAGCCCUCUACUGUUACCAACUUCCAUAUUCCAGCCUUCCUUCUUUCCUUACAUACCUGCCAUGUAAGAUGUGAUCUCUUAAUUAGUGCUUUUUCCUGAAAGUUUAAUUAAAAUUUUCAUUUUUGUAAAGACUUUUAAAAGUCUAUAGUCUGUGUCUGUGAUUCUUACAUUUGGAAAUGCCAAUAUAACAUGGAUUGUAUAGUCUUGGUUUUAUAGCUCUAAUGCCAAGAAUGAUUCUUCACCACUAAAGUCAUUGAUCUUUCCCUUUUAUUUCCCUAAGCAAGGGUUAGAGGCCGAGGGAGUAGGGCUAGAUACAUAAAGGAACGCAUAAAUUUUAGGCCCCUUGAAAAUCACAGGAACAUCACUGCACUUUGCAAAGUCUGAUUUAGGUGGUUACGCUCUCUAUACAGUGCACAGGGAGAUCUACAAAAGCCAGCAUACUAGCUAGGGAGUGACCCAAGCUAGUCAGCGGGAGAUGCCAAUGACAGAGGUGUGUCCUAAAACCCACUCCUCUCAUGGAGAUAGGCAACUGAACCCAGGCUACUGGGAGGCACCUAUGUCUGCUAGUGAUUCACAACUGGGAACUCCUAUCUUGGAGUCAGGCAGUUUAGGCACAUAUGGUAUUGCUUGUGAGAAUUAGCUAAGCACCUGCUUCACUCCACCCAAAACAUACCACAUGUGUGUUGCCGCCACCACCACUCAUUCUAUAACUUGGAAUGUGGGAGACACAUGUUCAAUUCCCUCAUUCGCCAUGCGGGGAGAAGGGGAGAACGAAGUUGCCUACCUCCCAAGGGAGUGCUCUAACUACUGAGUUACAGAAUAUUCUUAUGUGGGGUUCCAUCAGUCUCUCCUGGUGAAGUUAUUCCAUAUUGGAUAAAUAUUUAGUGGGCCAGAGAGUGAGAGAAUGACUCUAUAGUCUGCUGGUUAGGGUAACCAUUUAGGAGGUGGGAUAGCCAGGGUCCAGUCCGCCUGCUCCCAAUGACUCUAAUUAUUUAUACAGUGGAACAACUUUACCAGUAAAGAUUGAGGGAUCCCUGCAUCAGACUCUCCCAUAGCUCGGAUGUUAGAUCACUCUUCUGUUCAGAUCCUUUCUCCCCGUCUAGCAAAGGGAAGAAAGAAAGGGAAUCCUGGGCCUCCCAGAUGAGUGCUCUAACUACUGAGAUAAAAGUUAUAAGUUUACCUCCACUAGCCAGAUUUUGAAUGGGAUCUGAUCCAGUAGGCAGCUUCUGAGUACACCUAUGGGAUCAGGCCCUGCACACAAAUUUAGGCAGAUAAACCCCUAUCUUCCCCAUUUUCUGAAUUGCUCUGCAGCUUAGGCAGGAGAUAGGCAUCUAGAUGCCUAGAGGGAGGCAGCAGUGCUUAUGGCCAGAGGCAGAAACUUAGGCUGCUAGGAAACUUUUACUCUGAAAAUAUAGGCCCUGAGUGAAUUUAGGUGUCUAGAGGAUUUAGUGGGAGUUUUGUGAAUUGUAGUAGAGCCUAAAACUUGGAUUUAGGUGCCUAAACCCAGGCAUAGGCGCCUAAAUCAGGUUUAGGCACCAAAGUACCUUUGUGAAUCUAAUCCUUUGUAUCUGUAGGAAAAUGAGCUGUGUGGCUAAUCACACAUAAUGGCUUACAUAUUAACUUCAGGGAACAGUGGACUAUAUUUAUAGUUUAUGUCGUCCUGAAGUCAGUGAUGUAAACAGAUCCCGUUUAUCUUUGAAUAGUACUUUAUGUAAUCAGUGGGGACCAGAUUCUAUCACCCUUAAUUAUGUUGACUAAUUCUUCACUCCACAUGCAAUCCCACUAAUAUCAAUGGGAUUACAUACAGAGCAAACUACUACUCAUUGUAAGGUUGAUAUAAUGUGGUCCUGCAAGAUUAAAAGUGGAGUAAUCUAGUAAGAAAUGUUCUUUACUGUUGGAGUCACUGAUUACCUAUCUGCUCACUGGAAAUAAUUUUGUAUCUAAAUUUCCCUUUGUUUUGAUGAGGAUGGUUUGGUUAAGGUUAUUGGACGGAUGACUUUAAAGAGGUAUUUCUAUACCUUCCACUGAUUUUUUUUUUUUUAAUGGAAUCUUAACUUGGGAUCUUUCCAAGGAUUCCAAAGUUUAGGGAUUUUUUAAAAUGGUAACUUUAUUGGUCUGUUCAAUCGGAACUUCAGGUUAAGUUUUUGUCUGACAAUUUCCUUAGAUUUUUUUUUUUUUAAGUUAAAAUGCUAUGGGGAGCGAGGACUUCAGCAGACCUAUCAUUCUACAUAGGAAUGGAUCCCAAUCAUUCCCCUUUUUGGCCUUCCUCUUUAUCUUUCUCCUCUCACUCUUUUGUGCUCAUCACUUUACUAACUGAAUAAUUACGCACCUAAAGUAACCAAAGUUACAUGUGGUAUUCUCACAUAAUACCUUUGGAAGCCACAACUAGGGGCUGCAUUAACUUUCUGGUAAAUUCCCCAUGGCAUUGGUUGGGGCACAGUGUGCAUCCACCUUCUGUCCCUUCCACCACAUUCAGAGAGAGCGCGUAUGCCAUGUAAGAUAUGCCAUGUAAGGUAUGGAGGAAACCAACCAUAUCUUUCACUGCAAGCAGUUCUACCCCACAUGUGGAUCUUGUUACAUUAUGUACUUGUAAUAGACUAUAUUGGCCACAGCAAAUGUUUAUUCUUCCAAAUUUUAUAAAGUUGCAAGAAAUUACUGAGCAUGCCUUUUUGAAAGAUCAGUUUGUAAACUAAAUCAGAAAUUGUCUCAUACCAUAGAAUUUCCAAUGUAUGUUAUAAUCAUUAGUCAGAAUUUUGUUUCUCUAUGCUCAAAGGGAGUACAGUCUUCUGUCACUGCCAUGUUUACUAAUUCCAUUAUAAAAUUCUCUAUUCAUGAGCCACAAAAUUAUUCCUAUGGGGAAACAACUGGGUGAUAGGGAACUGAUUUGCUUCCUCUCAGGAGGCAAAAUAACUACCAAGAGAAGUAAAUAAAACUAAUGGUUUUGCUUGUAGGAGUAGAGCAAGACCUCAGUUCAUAUUUAGUGCUUAUCACAUUUGUAAACUGAUUCAUCCCCAGAGUUGGUCGAAAUUACACAUAAAUAAGUUUUCACAUUGUUCACUUCAUAGAAGCAUGUAGUAGAUAUGCUUCUGAAGAAAAAAUGGUUGCAUUUUAAUGUUUUCUUGAAGUAGUUCUAGUAAAUAUUCCAAACAAUAAAUGUAGAGGUUGCCUUGAUCAAGAAAGUCAAGUGAUCUCUAUAUUCGGUUAAGGCAGAAUCUGUACUGGAUCACCUUUGGUAAUCUUAUCAUUAAAAGGAUUUUCACAAAUUAUGCUAUCAUAUAUUAAGUACAGCACUAAUUUCCCAUCUUUUCAUGUGCUGUAAUAUUUAUACUGCUUACUGUAUUUUUCACUCCAUGCAUCUGAUGAAGUGGGUUUCAGCCUACGAAAGCUUAUGCCCAAAUAAAUUUGUUACUCUCUAAGGUGGCACAAGGACUCCUUGUUGUUUAUGUUAAGUACUGUAAUUUUAUUACACCAAAAUACUAAAUAUUUCUAUAAUUAAAACACUAUUUUUGCCCCACGCCAUGGAAAUAAAAAAGAAUUUUUAAUUUUCUGUCCCAAGAGACUUACUGAUCACUUGAUUUUCUUUUUCUUCUAAUCUGUAGUGACUAUAAGAACAUACAAUGCAUAUUAGAUUCAGCUCAAAUGUGACUAAUGUACUGAAAAGAACUCUUAAGACCUCAAAAGCAAUAUUGAACAUAGCAAUUACUGUGCAGCUCUCCUUAUCUACCUAUCUGUAUUAUCAUUUUCUAUAGAUCACAUUAGAGUAAUAUCUAAAGUGCUGUGAAGCUAGGUUUCUUUAACAAAGGCUUAUUUUUUGUAAACAUUUCAGUUAUGGUGUGGAAGCUUUAACAUAUAGUUGGGUCUUCAGCAUGCUCUAUAAUAGGUCAAGACUUUGACUAUCUUUAAUCUUCUCAGGUUGCUCAUUCCAUUAAAAAAAACCCUUUCAGCUGACAUCAUGCUACUUCCAGCUUCCAUGUACUUUGCCAGUUGUUUGUUAGUUGCAUCAGCCUAGAGAACCACAGCUGUCUUGGCAGGUUGCGGAUGGAAAGGCAGCUACUGAUGUACUAGGGUCCUGCUCCAUUCAUGGCUUUGAAGAUGAGGACCCGGGCUUUUAAUUUAAUCAGAAAUUAUGGUUGAGCUAAUGUAGGAUGCAGAGUUCAGGGAUGAUUUGCUCUAGGGCCCAGAUUUUUAAAGGUAUUUAGGUGCCUGAGUCCCAUUUGACUGUUUUGAGAAUCACAGUCAGGUAUAAUGUGUUUCAGUAUUCAGCUUUCAGAGUGGUAGCCAUGUUAGUCUGUACCAGCAAAAAGAACAAGGAGUACUUGUGGCACCUUAGAGAUUAACAAAUUUAUCUGAGCGUAAGCUUUCGUGGGCUAAAGCCCACUUCAUCAGGUGCACGCAGUGGAAAAUACAGUAGGAAGAUAUAUAUAUUUACAGAGAACAUGAAAAAAUGUGGAUUGCCAUACCAACUCUAUCGAUUAGUCUCUAAGAUAUAUAUAUAUCUUCCUACUGUAUUUUCCAGUGCAUGCAUCUGAUGAAGUGGGCUUUAGCCCACGAAAGCUUAUGCUCAAAUAAAUUUGUCUCUAAGGUGCCACAAGUACUCCUCGUUCUUUUAGUAUUCAGCUUGGAGGUGAUAAACACAUGAACCAAGAUUUUUGAAAACUAGAGUCUAAAGUUGUGGUUCUAAAUCCAUAUUUAGACACAGAUAAAUGGUCUGAUUUUCAAAAUUGCAGGUCCCACUGGGCUGAGCACUUUUAUCUCUCAGACCACCUAUUUUAGGUGCCUAACUAUGAAUUUAGGAAACUAACUUGAGCUGUUUCUAAAAAUCUUGAUCAUGUAUCUUUAUAGCCACAUCUGGUUUUUCCAUGUGGCUUUUCCUUCCUCUGAAAGGAAGAAGGAAAAGCUCCUAGCAAGUUGAAAGUGAAGGUAAGCAUUUCCAACCAGUACCACACUUGGUUGAUGAGUCCAGCAAGGCCCCAUGGUUUGGUUUACUGUCAAAUGAAGGGUAGACAUCACAAUGGGGACAGCACAAUGAGGACAGAACUAAUUCUUCUAAAUGUUUUCUGUUUCGAGGCAGACUUACUCCAGUCUUGCCUCUGUCCAGUUGAGGCAGCUGCUCUUUGUUCAGGUGCCAGUCUCUUUCAGGCAUUGUGACAUCUUGUGAGGGCAACUUUCUGUGUCUGUUUAAAAGGAACUAUACAGCUGGAGGUCAUUGAGACCAUAACCUGAGAUGUCUAAUCAUUUCUUCAAGUAGCCUGAUGUGUAUAUUGAAAAGAAGGAGACAGAUUAGACCUCUCUGGGAUGCCACAUGGAAAUGUUCUUAAAGAGGUAUGACCCUCUGGAACCUAGUGGGAGGAAUGACUAGAGCCCUUGUAGUGUUGGUGUAUGUACUCUAGCCAUAUCACGCAAAUAGAUCAAAAGCACCUUGUGAUCAAUUGUGUCAAAAGAUUCAGAGAUUUAACAGUAUGAGCACUGAGACUGGAUCUCUAUUAUAGCCAUGAGAAGAUAAUCCAUUAGCACUAUCAAGGCUUGUGUCCAUGGAGAAAUUUCCUGUAUCAAGUAUUGGUGAGGGUCAAGCAGACUAUUGCAUUUUUCAGGAAGGCUGGAAGGCUUGCUUUCUGGAAAGGUGAUGUGAAUAAUUUCAAUGGCAUUGAAUUGAAUUCUGUUUGGCUUUCACCAGUCAGGGGGACAGGAGUGUUCCUUGUUUUGCAGAUGGGAGCUCAACAUUUUUUAGGCCUUCUUUCAUCAUAUGCAAUGGGACCAGGCUUGGGUGGCAGAGUGGUGGUUGCUUUCUAAUCUGACUAAGUUUUCUGUCUCAGAAAGUUCAUCUUAAAUUGAAUUUUCUGUGGAAUGGCAUGAGAGCUCUUUGCAGUAGUCAAUAUUUUGGUCUGAGGUUUGAUUUAUGUAAGCCAGGUUGACUUGCAAGUUCAUUAUGCAAAAUAAUUUUGCUGACUGACUUUUGAAGCUGUUAUGGCAGGAGACAGGGACUCUCAUUUCCUUUAGUGAAGUGGCAUAAUCCUGUACUAAGCCCAUUGUGCUGUCAGCAGAUGGGUUCAGAUCAGAUUUUUACACUCCUGGAGUUGAAUCUGCCUCCAUGCUUCAUCUGACAUCCUCACUGAUGAGCCAUGAGGAUCUCUGAGAUCAGUGCAAGCAAAGGCAUGUUGUUUGGGGCCAAGCCAUUGAUAACUGUGGUCAAGCCAUUGAUGUCAGUGGUCAUCUGUGGUUACAAUGUCAUCAGUAUGUUGGCCUCAUGGAUGGAUAAUGUGCUCUUCUAGGAACUUAUGAAAACUGAAAGGAUUCAGAAGUUUUGGAAUAUCAGCCAGCUUUCAUUACCCUGAAGAGGUGGCCAUUAUCUUUGUCUGGGUGAGGUGGUGGUUGGACUAGGAGACCGAUAUGUUUAGUAUGUCCCCAGUGUUCUCUCCAAGGCUGAAGAUUAGGUUUCACAUAUGCAGGGAUGGAAUUGGGCCAGGCUACCCAGUCAUCUUAAGACUACCAUCUGGCUCUCCAAAAUCUCAAUUUAAAAUUAAAAUUUUUGGGAAAAAUAAAUCCGAAACUAUUAUGGUGUCAUGUAAAACUCUGAAAUGCAAACUGAGUGCAGUGAUGUCUGCUGAGAAUCUUAAACACCUCACCAAUUCUCUGAGCUGUUAAGUCACAUGCCCAGUGAUGAUGAUUUAGAAGUGAGCUGUUUUACUGCUGGUGAAAGAAUAUAAGAAAGGGGAGGGACAACCAUAUUAUUCAAGAUUUGCACAAUGUACUGUGAGCGACAUUCCAUUGAGAUGCCAGGAAUGGGUGGCAUUUGAGAGUACCAGCACUUUUCUUCACUCCAAUCUUGACCUACAGAGCCAAAAAGCCAGAGGAUGGCUUGGUUGGACUUCUGAAGACAUGAAGACAGAACCAGUCCCACAGAGCUCAAUACAACAUCUAUGCCUCGCCACUGAGCAGCCUGGCCUGGUCCCAGAAUAGUGGUGACCUGGCCUGCUAGGGCGUUAAUGUGGGGCCCAGGCUACUUCCACCCUGGAUCUUGUUGGCACUGUUUAGGCUGAGGCAUCGCUGCAACUGUUAUACUCAGGUCAUAUUUACAAACUUUUCUUCACAACCAUGAGGGUCAGAAACUUUUGAAAUGAAAGCUGAGGCUCUGAUGCCAUCACAGGACUUUGGGAGGCAGGGCCCUAGGCAAAUGGCUAAUUGUGUCUAUAGAGUACCCCCCACACACACAAACACGCAUUCAAGCCUUGCAUAUGUGUUCAGUGGAGUGAGUGAGUCACAAGAGUCUGUAAGAAAUCCCUGGUUUCUAUGCAGGACAAGAUAUCAGAUAUUAGAAUGGCUCUCCUUUGCAAACCACAUCAAAGACAUACAGUUAGUUCCAUUCUAGUAAGUUUUCAGUUUAUUUGAUUGGAGACCUUUAGGUUACUCUUAUCCGCUAUAGAUAGAAACAUAUGAAGUGUUAUUCUGAUACAUUAUUUUCAAAGAAAAAUGUAGCAUAAGAAACAAACAAAAUAACAAAGGGAUCAGUUAAGACAAGUUGGUUUUUCUGAAGGAAAAUGCCCACUUACCACCCACCUGAAAUGACUCCAAGUCUACAGCUUGCAUAUAAAGAGCUUUUGUAUGUUUUGAAAAGUUGGGACUUUUUAGAAAAACACAUGACCUACAAAAUCUGAGUUGCGUAUGUUUUGUAAUAGUUACUGGUGGGUAUUUUUUUACAUUAUCACCCUAGGUGGUGAGUGCCCAUUACGCUAUCAUUUGACAAUGUAGUGAACAGUUUGUUCUCGCAGAUGCUGGAGAAAGGUGAAGCUGUAAGAUUUUUCAUGUUACCAUGGUACUGAAAAUGGAAUUCAUUUGACUUCUAAGGAAUUUCUAAGUCUUUGAGUUUAUAUGGGAAAUCCCAAAUACAUGUUUUUUUGUCACUAGCAUGAAAAUAAUUUUGUAUUUCAAAUACUGAAGAAAUAAACUGUAAAGAUCUUGUAUGCUGUAAGUAUAUAUUUUUGUCAUAUAUUGUCUUUUAUUGUAAACUAGAUAUUUCUUAUAUUUUGGAGGGAAGGUUUAAGCAAGUCAGUGUUGUGACUAGUUUUCUAAUCAGAAAAUCAGUUUUUAAAUAAUCAAAAACUGAAACUGUUUAAAAAAAAGAGGUAGAAUAAAAUUCCUUAAAGAAGUUACACUUGAGUCUAUUAGCAACCGUAUAUAUUUAAGUAGACAAAAAAGCUAAGCUACUGUAGCUGCUUGUCUGCGUAGUAAUUUGCCUAGUGAUUUGUUUACAUUAUAAUUUUACUGCUUAUUGUAAUAACUUUUUAGGGGUAUUAAGAGCCCCAUGUAAAUCAGUAAAUGUUAGAGAAUUACAACUAAACAAUGUGGUAAUCUUUUUAAAGAAGAAGAGUUUAUGUUCUGAGGACCAAGGCUAUCUACUAACUUUGUAUUAUAUAUAUAUUUAAUUUCAGUGUUGCAACAUUCUGCUCAGUGGGACCAUUUUCUGACCUUUUUGUAAUUCCUAAUGUCCCUCCAGGUGUCUAAGAAAGACUCCUAGUUUGAUCAUUGAUACUGGUUUAUCUUUUUUUGGAAGAAUAAAAGUUGAGUGGUCAAGCAAGUUGCAAAUAUUUCAGAAAAAAAUAUUUAAUGUUUUAAAAUCUCUUGAAUUACCAUUAAACUAGGAUCAACAUAGAGUUAUGAUGUAUUGUGACAUAUUACAUUAUUAGUUUUUUAAAUAGAGGAUUUAAAUUGGGAUAGAAAACUUAGUCUUUCAUUUAUUUUUAUUUUUAAUUUUUUGCUACUCCUGCUUCCAGUAUAGACUACUGCCAUAAAUAGAAUAAUUCUAAUUGGGCCAGUGACCUGUGCCAGUAUGGCAGUUCCUCUGUUCUUAUUGAAGAAAGCCAGUUUUGUAAGAAGCCACUUAUUAGGUAUUAGUGGCCCAUUCCACCUCUAGUUGAAGUCAGUGGCAUAAAACUCUCAUAAACUUCAGUGCUGCUGGAUCAAACCUUCUAUUUAAAUAAAGACACUCUGGCAACAAGUUUAACUUGUAUCCUUUGAAUAUAAUACAUAAAACAAUAUAUAGUUAUAAUGAAUAGAAGCAUCAUAAUAUUGAUGGUUUUUUCUACUGUAGAUGUCCCUACUAGCAAGUUUCUAUGGUAUAUAUGUACAUAGACCAUUAUCUUUGAACUGAAUUAUAUUUCGUAAUUUUUUGAAAAAGGAAAGGAAAGUAAUCAAAUGUAUUGUUCGGAUAGUGGAGGUACUUUGAUAGAUGUUAACCCUUUUCUAAAUGAGGUAUAGUUUCAGUGCUAAAAAAAUGAUUCUAUAGUUUUUAUUAAAAUGCAUGGAAAACAACAUAUUUAAAAAACUGGUUUUGUGUUUUGUAUAUUUUCUCAAUUUUUAAACAGUCUGGGUCUAGCAGUACCUCCUAAUACCAGUGAUGUUCAGUAAGUAAUUUCAUAAAGGAAAUACCUCAACUUGAGCAAAUAUUUUUUUCUUGUUAAUUGUCAAGUGAAUUGAAAAUAUGUCUUCUUUGAUAUUGAUUAUGAAGUGCUAUAAACUGAACUGAGCCAAGCAGUAAUGUAAUUACGUAAGUUUAAACCAUGCUUUGAGUGGUAUGCUGAUUUAUUAAAAGAGAAUUGAUGUCAGUAUUUAUGAAUGAUUCCAGGAGCUUCUUAUGAGUGUUAAUGUGCAUUAGGGAAUAACUGCUCAUUUUGCUCAAUGGGACAUUUUCCUUGUGACUCUCUUGCUGUAAAUUGAAUUUUCAGUGUGAAGCCAAAUUAAAAAAAACCACAACAAA